AUGGAUGGUCUAAGUUGGGAUGCCUCAUCGCAGCUUAUUGCCAACAUACCGGUCUUGUGGAGCGCUCAGUCUCAAGACCUUGAAGAAGAAUACUACUCCAUGGCCAAUAUAAGUUCAAGUGUAGUUAAUCAAACAUGUUAUCCAUAUCCCAGUUCUGAAAAAGUGAUUGACAUGGUUCAGUCAUCAGCUGCUACCACUUCUGAGAUAACAAACAUGAUGCCAAACACAAAUCUGUCACAUAGAACAGCAACCAUGCCUGUGAAAUCAGGAGCAGCUGGAGCCAGUUGGGAAGAUGCUUUAACAUCUCAACCAUGCCCGUCCCUUUCAGUCAACGUGAAGCAAACUAGCAAUUAUAUGCCUGAUUUCAACAUGGCCCACCAACAACACCUCAUCAAUGGCUCACAAAAAAGCAAGGCUACUUGCUCUCCUGAGUCAUUUGAUUGCUUGCUUUCAGCUACUAAUAAUAGCAAUACUGACACGUCGGUCGAAGAUGAUGGCAUUUCCAUGAUUUUCUCUGACUGCAGAAAUUUGUGGAACUUCAGUUAUGGCAGUGCAGUUUCCUCUGGUGAAUCUGAGAGCAAUGCUUCCAAUACUAGAAACAAAGACGUGAGGUAUGCAGUCAAUGAGCUCGAUGAAACAGUAUCUCAAAGUUCCUCUGAUCAAUAUCUCAGUCAAGGAAAAAUUAUAGACUAUGAAGUUAAUUGCACCAAAAGGAGCAAUGAUCAUUAUGAGUUGAUCAAAGUUGCUGCCAGUGAUUCCUGCUUUAGCAUUGCGCAGAAUGCUUCUGACACUGAAGGUGGUUUCAAGCUUAUCUCAGAGAAUUCACCGAAGUCCAAGAAACCCAGGUGGGAGAAGCGUCCGGGUUCAUCAAAUAUCAACUUCCAGGAACCAAAUUCAUCCGUGUCACCUUGCUUUGAAGAACCCGAUCCAGAGGCCAUAGCACAAAUGAAGGAAAUGAUAUAUAGGGCUGCAGCUUUUAGGCCAGUGAACUUGGGCAUGGAAGUGGUGGAAAAGCCUAAAAGGAAGAAUGUUAGGAUAUCCACUGAUCCACAGACCGUGGCUGCCAGGCAAAGAAGGGAGAAAAUAAGUGAGAGGAUUAGGGUUUUGCAGAAGAUUGUGCCUGGUGGAAGCAAGAUGGACACUGCAUCAAUGCUUGAUGAAGCUGCAAACUACCUUAAGUUUCUCAGGUCACAAGUCAAAGCACUAGAAAAUCUAGGUAACAAGCUUGACACAAUGAAUUGUCCUCCUACUAGCAUAGGCUUCUCUUUCAACCCUUCUUUUCCUAUACAAACAAAUUUCCCCAUCAGAAACCCUAGCAGCCACAUCUAA